AUUGACCUAGACUUAGCGGGAGAAACGGAAUGAGGGAAGCAGACAGUUUUAAGAUUUUAGAGAAACUGCCAACAAAAUUGGCCGAACGUCUUAUGCCAUUUCAGAGAGCUGGUAUAAAAUAUGCAUUGGAAAAGAAUGGAAGAUGUCUUAUUGCAGAUGAGAUGGGUCUUGGAAAAACCCUGCAGGCUCUCUCAGUGGCCUACUUAUACAAAUCAGAAUGGCCUCUGCUUAUCAUUGUUCCUUCCUCCUUGAGAUUCUGCUGGGUGGAAGAGAUUGAAAAAUGGUUCCCAGACACAAGUCCAGAAGAUAUCUUUAUGGUGCAAACUGGGAAUGAUGCCAGUUGGAUUCAGAAUGCAAAGAUUGUCAUUGCCACGUAUGGCUUGUUGUCAAAGACUUCCAGCAAAGUGGUUCUGCAGGCGCUGACCAAUCAGAACUUCCAGGUGGUGAUCGUAGACGAGUCCCACUACAUACGGAAUAUCAAGACAGCCUCCUGUAAAGCCAUCAGCCCACUGAUCCGCAACGCUAACAGGCGCAUCCUUCUGUCUGGAACGCCUUCCCUCUCCAAACCAGUAGAGCUGUUCUCUCAGAUUGAUGCUAUAUGCCCUAACAAGUUCGGGAGCUGGUGGACCUACACAGCUCACUUCUGUGAUGCCAGAAUCCAGCAUAUAGGAAAAAUCCGCAAAAGAAAUGUAGAUGGUUCCAGUAACUUGGCAGAGCUUCAGAAGAAACUAAAGGAUUUGUUAAUGAUUCGAAGAAUGAAAGACGAUGUUUUGACCCAGCUGCCAGCUAAACAACGACAACAGAUAUUGUUUCAGCUGAAAGAUUCUCAAGUCACCAAGGACAUUCAGAAGACUUUUCAAGAGUUGAAAUCCUCCAUGAAGAGAGACAGGUGCCAGGUGGAGAAUGUUUGUGACAUGGCGACCAAUGAUGGCUGCUCUGGUAACACUCUCAGUCUGAUACAGAAGUUGUAUCAGCUCAGUGGGGAAGCCAAGAUAGGCCCUGCUCGAGAUUAUGUUGCCAUGUUGUGUGACAACAAAAACCUCAAGUUCCUGGUCUUUGCAUACCAUCGCGCCAUGAUGAAUGGUCUACAGCAGACAUUGAUGGAACAUGAUGUGAAGUUUGUGAGGAUUGAUGGGGAAACAAAGCCUUCUGACAGACAAUUAUAUGUACAACAGUUCCAGUCUGACCCAGAUACUAGAGUUGCCAUUUUGAGCAUCCUAGCUGCUGGAGUGGGGUUGACAUUUACUAAGGCCACCCUGGUAGUGUUUGCUGAGAUGUACUGGACCCCAGGGGUGUUAAUCCAAUGUGAGGACAGGGCACACAGAAUUGGACAAACUAGAUGUGUGUCUGUUCAUUACUUGGUGGCUAAAGAUACCAUGGAUGAGUGGGUUUGGUCUGCAAUAUGUAGAAAGACAAUUGUGACCACCACAACACUGAAUGGUCAGAAGCAGGUGAUGAAGGCAGAUAAGGGAGACAAGUACCAGGUGGAUCUGCUGUCAACAGCUGACGUCUACAAGGCUCCGUCCACAGAGGAGGCGGGUAACACAGACUUCGCGUCAAUAUUUGCUUCUCAACAGCCAAAAGACCAACCUUCAAUUCUGGAUUUCAUUAGUAGCGGAAAGAAAAGAAAGAGAGAGGAAGGAAAUGUAUUCAGAAAGAAAAGGAAGAGUUUCAUCAACACACAAGGCUCAGAGGAUGUCAUAGAACUCUUAGACAGUGAUGGUGAGAAUGAGAUUGAUGAAAACACUCCUCCAAGAGACCAAAAUAACAUAAAAUCCCAUUCACAGGAAAAUUCAUUGAAAUCAAAAGGAAAAAUUAAGGACUUAAGCCAAAGGAUGUUAUUUUCUCAACAGCAAAAUGAUGAAGAGGAUGAGUUUGUUUUUGGUAAGACAAAACUGACAAGGAAACCUUUACAUAUGAAGAAGGCCGACUCUUUAUCUGAUACUUGGAGUUGUUCAGGAUGUACAUUUCAAAACCAUGCUGACCUCCCCUACUGUGAAAUGUGUAACACUCCAAAAAACAAGAGGCCAAUGAAAUCUAGUCAAAAGAAAGACAAGGGAGGUUUGAGUGCUUCGCUAGACUCAUAUCUGAAAGACGGGGUUUUACAUAAAGAAUCUCAAGAAAAUAGUAAUGUUUUGAAGUGCAAUGAUUCCAAGAGAUCCAUGAAAUCUAGUCAAAAGAGUGAUGAGGGAAGUCUGAGUGCUUCUCUAGACUUGCCUGUAAAAAACAGUGUUGUUGAGUCUCAAGAAAAUAGCAAUGUUUUGAUUUGUGAUGCUGAAACAUGCCAUAAUGAAAAUUUAUUUCAGUUGUCUUCAGGCUGUGAUAAUUCUAGUUCUGCAUUGAAAACAGAGGAAUCGUUUGAUCAGAGGGACAUUGAGGAUGAUCAGUCAAUGUGUGAUCAGUGUGACAACGAAAGGCAGAGUGAAGACACUGGGUCAAUCUCAACAAAAUCUAAACAGAGACGUAGAACUUUCUUCCUGGAGACUUAUUCCCCAAAUUUGAAAUCAGGAGCAGAUCAAAGCAGUCAAUCAUCUGAAAACUCUAAUUGCAAAGACCAGUGUACAAAAAGUAAGCAAGAUAUUUAUGAAGAUGAUGGAAUAGAAUAUCCAGAUAAGGAGGAAAGGACUGGAGGCAAUGAUCAGGAAAUGAGCUGCAGUCAGGAAUUGACUGAUAGUGAAGAGAGUACUGUAGAGCUUCAGUCCUGUGAGGAUUCAUCACAACCAACACAGAGUGCCCUGAGUGAUUCAGUGACGGAGGGUGAUCUUGACACUACUAGAGAAACUGAUGAUGGAGGUGAAAUGUUCGAUGAUGAUUGGGAUCAAGAAGUCCUGUCUCAAGAUGUUGAGUCUACAAAGACAGAAGACAAUGUUGUUAUAAAGGAUAUUUCAGCUGUUCCUGUCUAUAAGAGCUUCUGGUACAAAUGCAGUGCAUAUACAAGCAGAAUAUACCUAUAUAAUGAGACUGGUGACUCUCUCCAAGCCAACUUUGUGCCACUGGAUGUAGAAAUGAACAACCAAGGAAAUCUCCCCGACAUCUUACUACAUCCACAGAAUUUAAGACUGGUGCAAAAAUUUAUGAGGGAGUGGAAUAGCCUAACUGAAACCAAGCGCCGACUAAUAGUGAAGGCAUCCACACUCUUUGACAGUCCACUUGUUGCAUACGAGACACUGAAAAGUGACAGAUGUGUCACAACUAUCCGCCAUAAAACAAAGGAGGACAUUGCUGCCCAGUCAUUAGCAAAAGCCAAUCAAAUUCAGGGGAAUGUCAGAGUGGUUAAACGAUCCCACCAAUCAGAAACCAGCUUACUACAGGCCACCACCUCGGAUGGUAUUCCAAUCUGUUUGAAUUGCAGUAAACCAUGUGAUAGCAGUCUACUUUCUAAAGAAACCUUGAAGGACUCAGAUUCUGCAUGGGCCACAAGGUUUUGUUCCCAGAAAUGUAUGAACAAAUAUUGGAUCCAAACCAAUUCCAGUUACUGCAGAGACCAGCUGUAUGAGGCAGAGCAUGGCGUUUGUCAGUUAUGCAGCUUUGAUGCACACUCUCUGUAUAGACAGAUAAGGGAUACAGAUGAUGUGCAGAAAAGAAUAGAUAUUCUUCAUUCCAGUAUAUUUGACAAACUAAAUCCGAAACAGAAAGAGGCAAUAGUGAAAAACCCAGUGGCAGGACAAUUCUGGCAUGUGGACCAUAUCCAGGCAGUGUGGGAGGGAGGGGGACAGUGUGAUAUUGACAAUUUUAGGACCCUGUGUGUUCUUUGUCACCAAAAAGUCACUGCACAACAAGCUAGGAAAAGAGCAACCAUCAGAAAACUUGGAGUAGCCACUGGUAUGGCUGAUAUAUCAGCUUUUUUCCAGCCAGCAUAAAUUUAGUGCUAAGUCACUGUUGACAGUCUCUCUGUGUUUUAUUUAUAAUGCACGUCAUUGAUAUUCAAUGGAUUUAAGAUUUUUUUCGUUGAAUUUUUAUUUGAAUAAACUGAAUAUUCAGUUG